AUGGCUGUGGAAGGUGGAUUGAAUGAUGAAGAAAUACGUCUCAUAGUAAAUCAGGAAUCAAGUGACGAGGAGGACCUAGUUUUUCGUGGUUCAGUUACAGAAGAUUCUGAUGAUGAACCUGAUGGUGUUUUAGAAGAUUUUCGUCAUAUGAAUGUGAUUGGUCAAACAAAUAAUGAAGAGGAUGCCUUUAGUAGCGAUGAUGAUAUGACUUUGCAAGAGCUAUCUCAGGAUUUAUGA